UGGAAACAUUCCCAGCGCAUGGCUAGCGGACAGGAACUGCGUCACGCUCUGGAGAGCUUCUUUAUGUAAGGGCGAGCGCUAAACACACACACUCUCCCUGACCUGCUCAGACGGUCAGAAGUGUGUGUGUUGGAGAGCACGCAUCUGCCUCUCCAUGCCCACAUCAGAGCGUGUGUGUGUGUCCGGCGCUGCCCGGCUCGGCCUGGAGCUCACCUGACAGUCUGAGGCUGAAUGUAGUUCUGUGCUAUUGUUAGCAGCGCGGAUGGGGAAGAGCUGCGCUUCAGCCGCUCAGAUGACCAGCUGGUCGUCCCCAGAGCUGGAGCCCAGUCAGAUCCGGCUGAUCGUCUACCAGGACUGCGAGCGGCGUGGACGAAAUGUCCUCUUUGACUCGGAUGCCAGAAAGAGAAGCACAGAAGAUGGCCCGGCUACAAGGGUGUGUGGGGAAGCGCAGGUCAAGAUGUUUGGGAGGUGUUGUCAGCUCAGGCCUACCGGUGGCAGCUCCAGUUCACUGGACAGCAGCUCGUCCUGUGCCUCCGAGCCCAAAGAACAAAACCGCUUCCAGGCCUCAUCGCGGUGCUCGUCAGAUGCUAACAUGCUUGGAGAAAUGAUGUUCGGCUCUGUGGCCAUGAGCUACAAGGGUUCAACGCUGAAGAUCCACCAGAUAAGAUCUCCUCCUCAGAUGAUGCUCAGUAAGGUGUUUACAGCCAGAACGGGCGGCAGUGUGUGUGGCAGUCUGAACACUCUGCAGGACAGCCUGGAGUUCAUCAAUCAGGACUCCAGCACCCUCCGGCCCGAGCAGAACCACACCGCAGCCAACGGCUUCCUGGGCAGCAUAGGUUUCUCUCAGCUCUGCAGCCCGCGCCGGGCACUCUCAGAGCAAGGCCCUCUCCGGCUCAUCAAGAGCGCCUCUUUCUUUUCAGGACACAGUAACCCAAUGGACAUGCCUGGACGAGGCCUGUAUGACGAGCGGGACAGCGGCAUCGCACGCUCAGCGUCUUUAAGCAGUCUGCUGAUCACACCGUUCCCGUCUCCGGGCUCUUCUCUGACCAGCAGCUGUGCCAGCAGUUACCAGAGGCGCUGGUUACGCAGCCAGACCACCAGCCUGGAGAACGGAGUCUUCCCCAGAUGGUCUGUGGAGGAGAGCUUCAACAUGUCUGACGAGAGCAGCGGGCCGAGUCUGGGUGUCGCCCGCAAGAAGAAGAUCGCCAUCGGGGUCAUCUUUCAGCUGUCGCCCAACGAGGAGGAAAACACAAAGUUCCAGGACUUCUUCUUCUCCCACUUCCCACUGUUCGAGAGCCACAUGAACAAACUGAAGAGCGCCAUCGAGCAGGCGAUGAUACUGAGCCGCAGGUCAGCCGAUGCCAACCAGAGAGCCUUGGCGUACAGUCGGAUGGUGGACGGCCUGAAUGAGUUCAGGACCACCAUCUGCAACCUGUACACGAUGCCACGAGUGCCAGAGCCCGUCUGGCUCACCAUGAUGUCUGGACCCCCAGAGAAGAACCAGCUCUGUGGACACUUCAUGAGGGAGCUGGCCCUGCUGAUGGAGCAGGCCUCCAAGAACCAAUUCCUUCCUGCACUUCUGACUGCGGUGCUCACUAAUCAUCUGGCCUGGGUUCCCACGGUCAUGCCGAACGGUCAGCCACCCAUUCAGAUCUUCCUGGAGAAACACUCCUCGCAGAGUGUGGACAUGCUGGCGAAAACACACCCCUACAACCCGCUCUGGGCACAGCUCGGUGACCUGUACGGGGCGAUCGGCUCGCCGGUGCGUCUGUCCCGUACGGUGGUGGUGGGCCGGCGGCAGGAGCUGGUGCAGCGACUCCUCUACCUGCUCACCUACUUCAUCCGCUGCUCGGAGCUGCUGGAAACACACCUGCUGGAGAGCGCCGAGGACGAGGCCAUCGUGAUGCCCGGAUCCCUCAUCACCACAUCACUGCGCCGCGGAGAGGUGGAGGAGUCCGAGUAUGUGCUGGUCACUAUGCACAAACCCAGCCGAGACUACCUGAGCCAGGGGGACAAAUCUGACCCUGCAAACCCAGACGAACACCAGACAGAGCACACCAGUGAUGUUCCGGUCUGCAGAGUGGCCGACAGCCCACUGUUCGACACCCGGCUGGAGACCCUAGUCAAAGUGGGAUCCACCUCUCCGUCUGAGAGAAGAGCCUCCGUGGAGGUGCAGGAGGCGCAGGCUGAAGCUGGAGGCGUUCCCAUCAGGAUCCACCAUCCGUCCGACUCACUGCUGGAGAAAAAACCCCCGGACAAGAGCUUUCCAGACAUCGAACCCUCAGCCAAAGUCACAUUCCUCAUCGGCGACUCCAUGUCUCCUGAAUCUGACCUGGAGAGCCGGCAGCAGAAGGUGGAGCAGGAGAUACGGAGACACAAGCAGAAGCUCCUCAGAGACGCUCAGCAGACUAACACUGAGAAUAAACUCCAAGUGGACCAAAUCAAGAGUAAAUCCAGAGAAUUUGUGACUGGAAGGACGCCUCGGUGGAGUGCGAGUGCGCAGGAGGACUGUGUGGACAUGUUUGAGGAGUACUUCAGUGAGGACAACCCUGUGCAGACCUUGACUAUUGAUGAUGUCUACGGGAAACAUGCACCGAAAGACAAGUCCGAUGUGCAGCUGGAGUGUGUGCGUGUGGACGCCGGCUGCUGUAAAAGCUGCAGUUCUGCUGAUCUGGAUAAAGGCAUUGAGAUCUCUCUGAGUGUCCCUUCAGCUGUAGAGCAGAAGAAAGCAGCUCCUCUGAAUGACUGGGAGAUCCCUCGAAACGAGAGCUCGGACAGCGCUCUGGGGGACAGCGAGAGCGAGGACGCAGGCCCCGAUCUGCCCAGAGCGGACCCCGAUGGAGCCUUCGACAGCGACUUCCAGGACGAGCUGGAGCUGCCGCUGCCCGGGGCGAAGCUGGUGGAGAACUACUCUAAACCCAGCAUCGCUAACUUCGGCAGGUCGUUGUUUGGAGGUUACUGCCCCUCAUACGUUCCAGACUUCGUUCUGCAAGGAGUCCCCAACGAUGAGAAGCUGAAGCAGAACCUGGUGUCCGACCUGGCUCACGCUGUGCAGCAUCCGGUGCUGGACGAGCCCAUCGCGGAGGCCGUGUGCAUUAUUGCAGACACAGAGAAGUGGACGGUGACGGUGGCCAGCAGCCAGAGACGCUCCUCUGAGAAACUGGGUAAAGAGGUGCUGGUGUCCAGCCUGGUGUCGGGUCUGCUGCAGUCCACACUCCAGCUCUACCGCCUCAACCUGUCCCCAAACUUCUGUAUCAUGCAUCUGGAGGACCGUCUGCAGGAGCUCUACUUUAAGAGUAAGAUGCUGGCAGAGUAUCUGAGAGGACAAACACGGGUGCAUGUGAAGGAGCUGGGCAUGGUGCUGGGGAUCGAGUCCAAUGAUCUUCCCCUGCUCGCAGCCAUCGCCAGCACACACUCCCCGCACGUGGCCCAGAUCCUGCUGUAGGCGCGCAGACACGCACUCAUUCCCCUCGGCGUCUGCAGGUCCAGGACUCCAGCGGGCCCCAGGGAGCCUGCGGGUGAGCAGACUGCAGGACAGAUGCUCCCUCACCCGCUGGCGGCCCACAGGUGUCCUCUGCUGACCACAGAACAGCCGACUCCUGGUGCUAGAUGCACAAUUCCACUGUACACCGGGUCUCAUUCACUAACCAUGCGGAUCUGUCACGAGUCAUCAACACUUCCGCACCGUGAUCGGUUCUAAAUGUAGGAAAACAGUCCAGAGCAGCUGAUGGCACGGGCACACAGCAAUCAGCCCCUCCAGCAUUUCAUGACAGAUAAUCAGACUUAUUGACUCUGAACUGAUCGAUUGCUGAUAUUGUUCUGCGGUGUAAAUGCACAGACAUGCACAUCUUCAUUUAUGUAGAUUUUCUGACUUGAUUUCUGUAAUUAUAUAAAGCAAACACAGAGAGAACCUAGACCUCAGCCCUGAAGCUGCUGGAUCAUAUCUGAAAUGCAGAAUAAUGCAUCCGUGUGGUUUGACAACAUCUCGCGUGGCCUACUUUAAACAGGCUUUGAACGUGUUCACACGGAUCACACACUGCAUGAGAAGCACAUGUGAUAAUAUCAUCAUUCUAAUAUAUUUAUAUAUCAGAUUAUUCACCAGGAUUAUGUUUCUGAAUGCGACACCAUGCAGACGGCGAGAGUCCGUGUCCCGACUGGUGAAUAUGUGCAGGAAAUCUGCAGCAUUUAUCAGAAACGAGGACUCCACACAAUGAGCUGAUGUUCACUGGAGUUUACCGUAAAUUCAGCAAUUUGUGAAACUCUGGAGGGUCUGAAGAAUUAUGCGUGCCUGAGGUCUUAUAAACAUGCAUAAAGAGCCCUACAUAUAACUAGUGAUGUUAUUUACAGGGUGAAUGAAGAGUAUCUAGACAUCAACAGUUGAUAUUACAGUAUAUUAAUAGAGAUCCAAACGACAAUCAGCUGCUGAAUCCUGUGUAGAGAUGAUCAGUGUGUCUCAGGAAACGGCGCCUUUAGAGAGCAGACAGAUUGAUGAAUGGCUGUUCAGGUCUCGAUCACGCAGGAUGGGUUUUUCAUUAUGGCGAGCGGCGUCAUUUUAAAAUGGUUUUCCAUCUACAUGUUUUGACGGAUGGAGAAAAAGCGGCUGAGCAUGAGGAGCGUUGAUGCAGUGGUUGCCUAGCAACAUAAAACACGCAGCGCUCUGCUCUUUAAGAGUCUUUUCUAAAGUCCACAGAAGUGCAGUGUGUUUUUAUAUGUGCGUUCCACAUCCAACAUCAAACCCUCAUUAGCAUUAACGCCCCAUUCACACGGCGGGUCAACGUCAACGCUUGACUAAAGAUGUGUCUGAUGCGAUCGUCAUAGCAGCGUCAGCCAAUGAAAUUCUGUCGCCAAUAGGCCACUGUCUAGCUGGUGUAUUUGCAGACAGCGAUCUGAUUGGCUGACGCUUCCGUCGCCGCUUGAAAUAUUGAGCUAGUCCCAACUUCUGCAUUGAGCAACGCCUCUGAAUCAGCGCCGAUGGAUCCACAAUGCAGUUCGGCAACGCCUGACGUCACCCAUUCACAGUGAAUGGGAAGCGUUGAAGCUGACGCCCUGUGUGAAUGAGCCGUAAACCUCUCUUUCUGUAGUUUCAGAGCCAUCAUUAGCUCUUCUUCAUUCAUCUUGUAAUUUUCUCUUUGAGGCUUUGAGGAAAGCCCUUAUAUGGAGCUGAUGUGGGCGUGUAUUAUGCAAAUGACGGGCGAGGCAGUGGCGCAGUAGGUAGUGCUGUUACCUCACGGCAAGAAGGUCGCUGGUUCGAGCCUCGGCUCAGUUGGAGUUUCUAUGUGGAGUUUGCAUUUUCUCUCUGCCUUCGCAUGGGUUUCCUCCGGGUGCUCCCGUUUCCCCCACUGUCCAAAGACAUGCGGUGCAGGUGAAUUGGGUAGGCUAAAUUGUCCCUAGUGUAUGUGUGGAUGUUUCCCAGAGAUGGGUUGCGGCUGGAAGGGCAUCCGCUGCGUAAAAACGUGCUGGAUAAGUUUCAUUCCGCUGUGGCGAACCCAGAUUAUUAAAGGGACUAAGCCGACAAGAAAAUGAAUGAAUGAAUUGACUGACAGAAGAACGAGUUUAAGAACACUCAUGUGUGUGCGCUCGCGUUGUGGAUCAGGAGGAAAACCUUCACAGCUCUCAUGUGCGCAGAACACAAUCAUUAGUGAAUGAGACCCACUCUUCCUUUCUUUCUUCCUUUCUUUACCUUCUCGUCUCUUCAAGCAUCGUCAGAUUGUAGAAGCCAAAGAAGAUCCAUCAAGAACAAACACUGAAGCCGCUCUCGGCCCUUCGUCAAAUCCAGACCUGCUCCUUCAGCACUUAUCAAAUCAGUUUUAUGAUUUUCUUGAUUUCUGUUCAUUAAUUGUGACAAUCAUGCAAUAUUUUUAUUUUUCAAUGUGUUUACAAGAGGAUGAACCCUGUGCGGCUGAACUGAGCUCUACCUCACACACUUUUCUACCAUGCUGAAUCAAACAUUUCGAGGUGACGUUUUCAUUUUUCACCCAAUCACGGUGGAAGCGUGGCAUGAAGGAGCUCCGAGGAUUCAGCUUUAUGGUGUACCUGUUUUGGGCAAAGUCACUUUAUCGGUAACACGAGCGUUUACCUGUCCCACGGGAAGGAUUAAGGGAUGUAUUUUUGUUUAGUUAGUCGUUUAGACGUGACAUGCUGUGUAACAUACCUGUAUUAAGGCUGAUCCAGGAACAGUCAACAAUCAUGUGUUUUCAGGACUGAAAUGCUGAAACUCUUCAUGCAGACUCCGCUUCCCUCGCCGCCGGAUUGUUUACCUGGGAGAGAGCGAUUGGAUGGUUUUUGGGUCGUACAGUCUUAAUCAACACGACAUGAACACAAACGGACUUUGCUUUCUUGGUUUUAGCUGGUUAACACAUGUACGAGGGAAACAUGCAAUUCAUUUGAUGUUGUAGAGGAAAGCUCUGUCUUCACGUCUCCUCUGCAGAUGAUGUAUUUAUAUCUGAUUGUUUCUUUAUACAGAAAAUAAUAAUAAUUUAUUCACAUGGCAUGCGUUGAUAAAUGUUGUAUAUACUGCUUAGAUUUUCUUGAUGUAUUUGUACAUAAUGCCUUCUUUUUGACUUCUCUUUGUUUCCCAGUUUUUAUGGGGAUCCUGUGCAAUAAAUAUGGCAACAAUACAGAUAUACAUGAUGUUGA